ACCUGGAAAUACCAGAGCCUGGGUGGGCUGGGAAUGGGAUGUGGGCAGACUCAGAGUGACUGCACGGACCCACAGGGAGGUAGGGCACCAUGGGUGUUUGCAGCUCCCAGAUCCAAUCCCGUGGCUUUCCUUUCAGCAUGUCCACAUCUUACCGCACACGGUUCUCUACAUGGCGGACUCGGAGACCUUCAUUGGUCUGGAGGAGUGUCAUGGCCACAAGAGAGCAAGGAAAAGGACAAGUAUGGAGACCGCCUUCGCACUUGAGAAGCUGUUUCCAAAGCAGUGCCAAGUCCUGGGCAUCGUGACCCCGGGAAUCGUAGUGACUCCAAUGGGAUCCGGCAGCAGUCGGCCGCAGGAGAUCGAGAUCGGAGAAUCUGGCUUUGCUCUGUUAUUUCCUCAAGUUGAAGGAAUAAAAAUACAGCCCUUUCAUUUUAUUAAGGAUCCAAAGAACUCACCUCUUGAAAGACAUCAACUCACUGAAGUAGGGCUCCUAGACAACCCUGAGCUCCGGGUGGUCCUGGUCUUCGGCUACAACUGCCACAAGGUGGGCGCCGCCAGCUACCUGCAGCGCGUGGUCGGCGCCUUCAGCGACACCAACAUCAUCCUGGCGGGGGGCCACGUGGACCGGCUCCUGUCCCUCACGCCCCACAAGAGCCCUCUGAGCAUCGACGCCUCCGGGGUGGUGGGACUGUCGUUCAGCGGGGCGCGAGUGCAGAGUGCCACGGUCCUCCUGGGCGAGGACGUGAACGAUGAGGCCGCGGCUGCGGCCGCCAUGCAGCGGCUGAAGGCGGCGCACAUCCCCGAGCACAACACUGUGGGCCUCAUGUUCGCCUGCGUGGGCCGCGGCUUCCAGUUCUACGGCGCCCGGGAGAACGUGGAGGCCGAUACUUUCCGCAGGUUCUUCCCUGGCGUGCCGCUCUUCGGCUUCUUCGGGAACGGCGAGAUCGGCUGCGACCGCAUUGUCACCGGCAACUUCACGUUGAGCAAGUGCAGUGGCGUGGCAGACACGGACUUGUUCCACAGCUACACCACCGUCAUGGCGCUCGUCCACCUGGGCUCGCCCAAGUGAGGGCACACGUGUGUGCAUGCGCCUGCCCUGUUCCAGUCCCUGCCCCAUCCCCAUCCCCGUCCCCAUCCCUGCUCCUGUCCCCAGAGGAUGAGACAUGGGCGCGUGAAUCCGUCUAUAGCGUGGAUCCAUGCUGUGAACUUGGGUGUUUUCAAUAUACCAGGGGCAGGACACUUUGUCACGCAGGCCGGGCGUGGCCACGCACAUGGUCUCCCUCCACGGGUGACAGGGGCCGCCCUGGCCUGCUGGACGAUCUCAGCACAAUCGUGAAGUUUUGUUUUUUGUUUUUUUUCCUCUCGAUAAAGGAGACAAAAAUGUACAGGUGGCUUGAGAAAUCGCUCUCCAUCUCCACCAGUUUUAUGCCACAAGCUGUAACAAAUAUUACUACUGAAUUUUUACUUGCUAGAAAUUAAAAGAAAUAUUUUUUGUUCU